AUGGAACCUCCAAAUAACAUAUUCGAUUCUGAAGAAGAAUUCGAAAUCUCCCCGACAUGUUCACCCGUAACACUCGACCUAACCCUCGGCUUCAGCGACAUGCCGCCACCUGGCACAGAAACGGGGCCCACAAACACCCCACCGCGUGUUUUCUCGUGCAAUUACUGUAGGCGCAAGUUCUACAGCUCACAGGCAUUAGGAGGGCAUCAAAAUGCACACAAACGAGAGAGAACGAUGGCAAAAAGAGCCAUGAGGAUGGGGAUGUUAUCUGAAAGAUACUCGAGCCUAGCAUCUUUGCCACUUCAUGGAUCGACAUUUCAAAAUUUGGGUAUCGAGACACAUGCCUCGUUGCUUCAAGGAGUUCAAGCUAUGAGAGGUGGAGCAAGAUUUGACCAAAGCUAUCUAGGGAUACCCGUAUGUAUGGUGGAUAAUGAAGUUGAACCGUUUUGGCCGGGUAGCUUUAGGCAGAUCGAUGGCAUUGGUGAUUCAAGUAAUAAUGGUCCCAAACACUCGGAAAUUACUCCACCACCCGAUCUUACUUUAAAACUUUGA